CCAGCACCCUGAGAGUGUGCAACCUGAUGAGGAAACACAGGUAUUCUGCCUACAGUCUUCAGCUAAAAUGGUUAACUGGAAGUGAAUUGACCCCUGUUCUGAAGGGGUUUAGUGUAUAGGCAUGAGCAGGCAUGGGGAUGGGGACAUCUGCUAACAAAACAGCUGGCCAAGAUGCUUUAGGUCAUGAAGAUAGUGCUAUGCACGAUGAGACUGCUCCCAGGAAGAGCAAAGUAGGAAAUAUCCCUGAUGAAACAUGGUGAAUAUGCUGGGGAUUGCUGUUGUCCUGAGGGAGACUAGGCAUGAAGUAUGGCUGCCAAGUCUCUCUGAUCAGAAAAGCAAGUUUUGGUCUACAUUCAGAAACAUCAAAGGCUUCAUCCUUGACAUGAGAACAAUCAUAUGGGAUCAGGUAAAAAUAUCUAUCUUGCCUAUUAUCCUGCCUCAACAGUUGUCAACAGUAGAAGCUUGGGUUAUAUGGGCCAUGGCAAACCUGGAGGAAGCUUUCCUCCUCAGGCUGUUCCCAGUGAUCAGAAACAUAGGGACACCAUGAAGCUGCAGGUGGCCUGUUGUGUUUGACAGGUCCAGUCCCACCUGUGUCCUGGGUCUGAGCACUUGAAUACUGUUGCUGUCCCCAGUGAAGUUCUAUGAUUUUAAUUAAACACUGUACAAGGAGGUGUCUCCUUCUUGGGUUUGAAUCUCCUGCACAGUAACUUCACAGCUGCCUCUAGGGAUGCCAAACACUUUUUUACCUCUUUCUUUCUGUACCUGAUGUUACAGACAGGUAAGAACUGCUGAAGAAAUUGGCCUUGCCCUCUUUGAAUUGCCAUAGAGAGCACAGAGCCACAAGAGAGCAGACCCUGAAAGUGCAAACUUUCAGGCAGACAUGGUGGCAUUUAGAGUUGGUUUGGAGCAACAGCAGAUUCAGUCUGGUGUUUCCUUCCCUUAAGAGGCAAUUAAAAUGUAAAUGCGGAGAGAUGCCAGUUCUGGAGACCUCGUGGAAAUCUGCGGGGGGACGUUUCGGCAGUGACCUUUGUCUAAUGAUCUUAUUGGACCAUAAACUUCCAGGCAUUCUCUGUCUCCCACACACUCCUUGUGUGAUGGGUAUGGCUCAGCAGGCAGCCUCAUGGGCUGCUGCUUUUUGGUCCUGUUGUGCUGAGGAACUGAGCUGUUGGCAUGCUGCAGCUCUCGUAGGCAUGGAUGCUGCUUACACAUUUUCACUCCAGUGUUAGUCCCAACCAAAAAGCCUGCGAAAGCAUGGAUCAUUCUUAUCCAUCCCACCUGUUUUCAGUUAUUCUUGCAGAGAGAAACCCCAGAAAGCCAGCAUGAUAUCUAAGUGCUUCAUAUGUGGUAGUCAUCACCCUGACCUGCUUCAGACCAGGAGCUGGUGACACUGAACUGAAGCCCAGCCUUUGUGGGUGCAAGGCUGCCUGAGUUAGGUUUCUUAGUAAUUAAACCAGAGCCAGUAACUGACAAUGGGGAAAAGCAAUUUUGCCUCUCAUUCAUAAAUUUCUGACUUAAGCUGAUUUCUGAAUUCAGCAGGAGCUGGGAACAAACAGCUUCUCCCAGAGGAAUAUCAUUUCUAGUCAUCUGAGGAUUGGGAUCUUGCUUCUAAAGAAGGCAAGGCUUCCAGUUCCUGGCAAGUUUGAAAUUAGGAGCCAUCAGUCUGGCAAAACCCCCUUGCUAAAUCAUGAAUGCUCAUGAGCUAUCAAAGCUCUGCAAUGCAAUGAUUCUGCUUUGAUUUAUACCAGUGGGAAAUCUAGCUUUUAAUUUUAGUUCUUGAAUUAGCAGUUGUUUUAAUCACAUGAAGGCAGUUUGCCAGGUUGUCAGGGCCACGUAUGCAAAACACAGAAUGAUUGCUUCAGUGGAGCCCUAAAUAUCUAAUGUUUUACUAAGGCCUUUUUAUUGGGUUUAUGGACCAUUAAGCAGAAAGUGUGAUGGGGAGUCAUGCAAGAGCCAACCUGAAGCGGGCGCAGCCUUCUUCAUCGCUUCCUCGUGCGAUUAAGGACCAGCUCACAGGUCAUUCAGUAUUAAUUGGCUCCCGUUGGAGCCUGAGUGCUUUAUGAAUGCUAUCAUAUAAACUGAUAGCAGGGGACUCGAAUCAAUGACCCUGGAGGUCUCUUUCCCUAUUACAGCCACUGUUCCUAAAUAACACAGCUUACGGGGCUGUUUCUGCUGAGCUCUACGGAGCCACAUCAAGAAUAAGUUCAGCCACUCUGAUUUCUACCCAGCAACAGGCAGCAAACACUAAACACCAGCUCUGCCACAUGUGGAACUGUCUCUUCCAGAUGUGCCAUGUGGAGAUUUUCUCCAGAAAACGCUCCAUUGUGUGCUCCCUCUCACUUCUCUGGUAGGGAGGAAUACACUGAGCCAAUUUGAACCUCAUGUUACAGGGCCAGGGAACCCCUAGAGGAGAUGCUGCGUCUCUGGAAGGACCUGAAAUGAGAUUUCCCAGUUACUUCUUUCCAGAAGCCCAGGCAGUCAUUUUAUCUGACCAGCAGUGCUUUUCUGAUACCCCCCCUGCCCUAGUUAUGCAGUGUGCUGCUAGCAUUACCCAAGCUAAGGAGAGAGUUGUGUUCCUCAGCAGGGGCCGAACCCCUUUCUGCAAAGCUUGUUUUUGCCUGAAUUUCUAGGAUGGCCUGUAAGUAGAAAUGCAACAUGAUGCAGUAGAGAAUGCGGCUGUAAUAAGAAUACUUAGGAUGAAGUAGUGCCUGGAGAAUAGAGAGAAAUAAGUGUUCAUUCCUCUUCAGCGAUUUCUCUCUCUGACCUUUGUUUUUCACUGUCUCUGUGUUACUUUUCUCCUUCUCUCUCUCUUGAGAUUCUGAAAGCAGUAAUUUAAAAAGAGGGGAGCAUGAUUCAUGUUCAAUCAGCUUCAGCCUGCUUCGUACAGGAUUCUUCUGCAAUAAGCUGGAGAAGAGCCUCUGGUUGUCACUGGCAGCAUCCGGGCUGGUUACAGCAGUGUGGGCACGGAGAGCAGAUGAGGGCAUGUGAGCCUCAGCACAGCUUAAGCUGCAGAAGGAUUACCUGCACUCCAUCCAGUGCAUAACUUGCAGUUUGCCUUGCUUCCUGUGGUCCCCAACUCUGCAAGCAGACAGCGGUUGUCUUGUUAAUAUGGGUGCUGAGAUCUUGGCUAUGUGUGCAACAGGGUCUAGCAUCAGGCAUGCUUGACAUUUAAGCGAACCCGAGAUCUUUUUGCUUCGUUAAAACAGUACUUUUGCAUAUGAAGACCUGUUUUAUUUGGAUUUGUGAACUCCCACACCCUGAACAUUUACAUGGUCUGGGAGGUCCUGUCUCAGCAUCCUCACUGCCGACCAGGAGUCACUCCUGCAUCCUUCCAGCAUCCAAAGGCACCCGGACACCAGUUGUAAUUUGAAUUUUAUUGCUCAAAAUGUGCUUUUCUACCCUCUUGCUUUUAAGAGAUCCUUUUCUCUACAGCAAGCAGGGAGCCUGCAUCUUACUCCUUGGCAUUUAGCGGCGUUGUUCGCCUCCUCGCCCCUGGCGGCGACCGACGCUUUGUUCCCCGGCCGGGGCUGUCCCUCUGCGGAGACCGGCUCCGGGGAUUUUCCUCUCUCCGGGGGGGAAAAAGGGGCUGUUCUGCUCCGGGCACCUCUGUCAGCUGAAGGGGGCGGGAGCUGCAGCCCUGAAGUAGAAAAGGAAAGAGGAAAAGAAGGCUCUGGGAGAGGGUGAGAACCUGCCGGACGGCGGGGCUGAGCCCUGCUGGGGACCGCGGGCGGGAGGAGGAGGAGGUGCGAGAGGAUGCAGCGGGGCAGCGAUGCUGCAUCUGCCUGAGGAGAAGGACAUCAUCCUCCGAGGGGAAGGAGGGAAGUGGGGAGAAGGCGGCCAAGCUCUCACAGAGACAGCUGAGCUCUCCCGGGGCUCGCCUGGCACCCGAGCAAAGUUUGCCGAGCUCGGUGAACAGAGGGAAGGAGGCAUGUGAGAUCCUUCUCCCAGCGUUUCCAGCCCUGGCUAUGCUGGGACUAGCCAUGGCUUUGUCAUCCCCGACUAAAGGGUGAAGGAAGACCCGGAGCACCCGCUCUCUCCAUCACCUUCCCCGGAUCCACGCUCCAAUCCAGGAAUCCCCUGUGUGUAAUCCCUGAUGUUUUAUAUGGAGAUCAAGACAAGAGCAAACAAUGAUCCACUUUCAAAAUGUUCCCAGUCCAAACACGCUGUCUUCUAUGUACUGUUGGUUACUCAAUGGUGUUUGUGCAGGUCAUGUCCUAGCUCUGUGAUGGUGCUGUCUUCCAAGUCCUUCUGGCCCCAGGCUGAUGGGAGAGGUCUCUACUUCAGGCAGGGCUCCUUUGGAUUCUCCAGUGACUCCACUACUUUCUGCUGGGAAAGGUCCAUUACCAUAUGGAUUUCAAGGCAGCAGGAGACCAAAACUAACCUUCUCAAUGCAGUGUACAUCCUGUGAGGACUGAAGCCACCUCUGAUGAAUCUCAACAUGUUCAGCGAAAAGAGCGGUGCCUCUUUGCCCCAGAAACCCAUCCAGAAAAAGACACGACCUCAGGGCCUCCCCUCCCCUGCCCUCUGCUGUGCUUGUGGCCUUUGCAUCAUGCUAGCAGGGAUCAACAUCACCUUAGUGGGAGCAUUUGCCUUUGGGACCUUCAUCCCCAUGAACAACCCUCCCAUCAUCAUCGGACCCAUCUUGCUGGUGGUGGCCUUCACGUUCUUCGGUGCCUGCUGCAUCUGCAGCCGGAGGCCCCCAGCUCAUGGGGCGAGGAAAUCCAAACCAGGUUCCAACAUUGGGCUCAUCAAACCUGGCAACACAGCCUUUGAAAUUGAAACUAGCGAGCACACGGUGCAGGAUACCACUGCUGUUCAGCUCAGCCCCACAAAUUCCCCCAUCUCCUCAAAGAAGUCCACUCCAGUUCAUGAGAAUGCAAAGGCUUGCAAGCUCUUCACCAUGGAAGGCAAUGGACCGGUGGCCAAGUAUACCACAGGAGGAGAGGCGAUACAGCUCAACUUGCCCAGGGACCUGGCUGCAUCCUAAACCCAGGCAGAGCUAUUGUUAGCAGCCAGCCAGAUGCUGCAAUGGGUGGGCUGGAGAUCCAUGAUAAUGCCAUUGGUCGGAGAUGUGGGGAAGCUGCUUGUGAAAAGCCAGCAGACAGACAGGUUUCUUUCUGAAUCAAUUGAAGAGAGGUGGAUGCAACAGCAGGAAAAUUCUGUUUUUUUGCUGAAACAUGCCCAUUACAUGGCUUUAAAAAGAAAAUUGAUUAUGAUGUUGCUGUGAAAGGAUGACUCUCAGUUCCUGGGAAUACACCAGCUUUUUUUGGGAGUGGAUAGGAAGAAGUGAAUGAAUUAAUUUGUCUAGCAUAACGUGGAAAUGUGAUGGCUGGAAGGAGGGGCUACAUGGGGCUGACAAAUGACAGCUCUUUCUUCUCAGAAGUGAAGCAAUUCUUGAACAUAAAAGAAGCAGGAAUGCAGUAAAUUACAGCUUGCUGCCACUCAGUUACAAGAAGAUUUCAGCAUUUUUAGUGCCAGGCUUUUUGGCAGUAGGGACAAAGCUGUGUGUUUGCUAUUGAAAAAGCAGCGUGAAACAAUUUCCCCUCUGUUGAAAAUACUUGCCCUGUGUUACCUUCAUUCAGGUGACUUUACCACCCAUUCUAGGAGACAGCAAAUCACAAGGAUCACCAUUAGCCGUGGUAUUUUCCUCUUGUUUUAAUCAGUCUGAGCUGCAGCUGUGCUGCUCAGUGCAGUACGUAUCUUGGAAGGGCAGUUACACCGAAUCCUUGGGGAAUGUGGAGUAAGCAGAGAUGGGCAGAAAACUGCAAAUGAAAUCUUUGGGCAGUGACUGUGUACUGAGUGCUAGGCAGCUUCCUUCCCAUCUUUUUGUGGGAGGCUGGCCUGGGACACACACCAGCUUGGGAAAGAGGCCAAUAACUAUGGGCUUCA